AUGGUGGAAAUGCAGCCAGGCAUUUGCAAGAUGGAGUUCGCGAUGGGCUCUCAUGGACUCACAUGGAAGACGGGCAGCACCGAGGUGGAGCGCGUCUCAUGCCAAGCACGGCUUCUCGGAGUGAAGCCUGGAUGGAGCAUCAGCAUGAUCGAUGGGGUACCAAUUGAAACCAGCUACCAGGCAUGGAACGAGCUCAUGCGAUGCAAGAAGUCUGGCAAGAAGUACCAGAUCUACUUCACAAAAGAUGAGAACUCUAUCCGUGAAGACCAGGCCAAGGCAGAAGCCGAGAAGGCGCGCAAGGCCAAACAGGAGGAGGAGCGCAAGAAGCGUGAAGAGAUUGAGAAGAAGAUUCGUGAGGAGGCCGAGAAGAAGCGAGCCGACGAGAUUGCUUCGAAAAAGCAGGAGUACUGGGACAAGAAAGAGCAGGCCCAGCAGGAAGGCGAAGGAAAAGAGGAUGCAGAGGCUCCGGGAGCCGAGGAAGCAGAGGCGGCGGGGGCCGGGGCAGCAGCCGAAGCGGUGGAGGGAGAAGCCGAAGCCACGGAAGCGGUGGAAGCUGAGCCAGAAGCUGCGGAAGAAGCGGCCCCUGCAGAGAAAGGGAGCCUGUAUUGUGUCGCCCCAAUCGUUGGCCCUGGCGUCUCUACGCCUCUUCGACAGACGUAUGACUUUUGGGCCAUAGGCAAGGACUGCUGCUCCGUCGGUGCAUCCGACUUCCGCUGUGGCUCGUGGGGCUCUACCCAGGCUCACACCGGGCUCCGAGAGGUCAAUGAAGCCGACCUUGAGUACUACAGACUGGCAGUGCAGCAGGCCGCAUCGCUCUAUGACAUCAUGGCGCUCGGGCCUCGCAGACGGUGCAAGGGCAGCACAGCGGAUCGACAUGACAAAGACGAUAAGGCCGCCGCCGUUUCCGACUCCAUGCGCUGUUUGACCGCGGCAGCGACUGCGACAGAGCGACUGGCAUUGCCAUUGGUCUCCAUGCUGGGCCAGGUCCAUCGCGAGGACAUGCGCUGGUGCUGUCGGCAUGAUGGCAUCGAGACCCAGGAGCACACAGGAGGUGAUACCGACCUUUCGCAGCUGCCGUACUUGUAUGGAACUGCUUGGAAAGAGACCGGGACGACUGACCUUGUGGUCAAGGCGGUCAGGGCAGGGUUUCGUGGCAUCGACACGGCAUGCCAGCCGAAGCACUAUCGAGAGGAUCUCGUGGGAGCUGCGCUGGCCAAGCUUGCUGCAGAGGAUCAGCUCCCUCGUGAGGCGCUCUGGAUCCAGACCAAGUUCACGUCGCUGCGCGGGCAGGAUCCGAGCCGAGUGCCGUACGACAGCAAGGCUCCGCUAGCUGCCCAAGUGGAGCAGUCCAUACAAAAGUCGUUGCAGAACUUGGGCACCACCUACAUUGACUCGCUUGUGAUGCACUCGCCCAUGCCGUCGCUGGAGGAGAACCUCGAGGUGUGGCGUGUCUUUGAGCGAGCGGUAGAGGAGGGAAAAGUGCGUCAGCUAGGCAUCAGCAAUUGCUAUGAUGCACGAACGUUUCGUCGGAUCUACGAUGCCGUGAGGAUCAAGCCAAGAGUGCUGCAGAAUCGAUUUUACGUGGAGUCUGGCUACGACCUGGAGCUUCGCCAAUUCUGCUUGGAAAUGGGCAUCACAUACCAAAGCUUUUGGACACUCACUGCGAACCCACAUGUCCUAGCAUCGCCACCUGUGCAGUCCGCUGCUGAGCGCUUGCACGCAACUCCGGCGCAGAUUCUCUUCAGAUGGCUGAUCCAGUCAGGACAUCAGCCGCUGACAGGAACCAAGAGUUCAGACCACAUGCAGCAGGACCUGGAGGUGAUGAGCCUUGUGCUGACAGAUGGAGAGAUGCAGAGCAUCGGACAGCCGCAUCCCAUCUUCCUCAAGUGGUCCCAAGAUCCUAGAGGAGAGGUGAAUGGCUUGCACACCAUGGCUUUCAGAAAUUUCCUUGUCUUCGCUGGAUCGAACUUGAUCUUUGACAUCUUGGCUGUUGCGCUGGCAAGCGCCAGGUAUGCCUUCUUGGGCAGAAGUCGGGCAGGCUACGAAGAGAUUCUGAAUGAGGUGCCAGCGAUGCCGAAAGAUCUCGCGGCACAUGCGUAUGCAGUACCGUGA